CGGGGCUGUCUCCAGGGAAACGCGACGCUUUCCGGAGGCGCAGGGCUGGCGAGUAGUCCGGGCGGGAGCGCUGGCGUCCGCUGCGGCUGCGGUCUCGUCGGUCUCCGUGCUGUCCGACGCGAGCUCUCCGAGCCUUGCUUGGUUGGAAGACCACAGACAUGGAAGGGGGCCGUGCCUCCUUUAGCUUAGACCACGAAGUCUCCGGGGCUGCCAGCCCCCGACGCCCGCUGGAGGGGAAGGGCGGCGAGACCUCUGCUGCCGAGGAGCUGGGGCCGCUGGAGAAUUACGCUGUCUUCGCCACAAGGGAUGUUUCAGCAUCCUCUGAGAAGGAAGAGGAGGAAUCUGAGGGCCCGCUGAGGGCGCAGGACCUGAAGGAGGCCUACAUCCAGCUCGUCCAGGGUGUGCAGGAGUGGCAGGAUGGCUGCAUGUACCGAGGGGAGUUUGGGCUGAACAUGAAGCUUGGAUAUGGCGAAUUCUCUUGGCCCACAGGCGAGUCAUACCAUGGGCAGUUUUACCGGGACCACUGCCAUGGCCUGGGUACCUACAUGUGGCCAGAUGGCUCCAGUUUCACGGGCACAUUUUACCUCAGCCACCGGGAAGGCUACGGAACCAUGUACAUGAAGACACGGCUCUUCCAGGGGCUGUACAAAGCGGACCAGCGGUUUGGGCCAGGCGUUGAGACCUACCCUGACGGCAGCCAGGACGUGGGGCUGUGGUUCCAGGAGCAACUCAUCAAGCUGUGCACCGAGAUCCCCAGUGGCUUCUCCCUCCUCAGCUACCCUGAGUUCUCCGGCUUCCUCACCUACAGCCCUGCCAGGAUCAGCCUCUCAGAAGAGGAGAAAACAGAGUGGGGACUGCAGGAGGAACAGGACCCCUUUUUCUAUGAGUAUAAGCGGUUUCUUCUGAAUGACAACCUAAUGCUGCCUCCAGAAACGUAUGUCUACUCGACUGACUGUGACCACCUGCCCAUGACAAGCUCUUUCCGCAAAGAGCUGGACACCCGCAUCUUCCUCAAUGAAAUUCCUCCGUUCGUUGACGAUGGAGAACCCUGGUUCAUAAUCAAUGAGACCCCUUUGUUGAUCAAAAUCCAGAAGCAAACUUACAAGUUCAGGAACAAGCCGGCUCACACCAGCUGGAACAUGGGCGCCAUCCUGGAGGGGAAGCGCAGUGGCUUUGCACUCUGCGGGCCCAAAGAGCGACUUUCCACGGAGAUGAUCCUAAAGGCUGAGGAAGGGAACCACGACUGGAUUUGUGGGAUCCUGAAGGACAACUUUGCUAGUGCCGACGUGGCGGACGCAAAAGGCUACACUGUGCUCGCUGCGGCUGCUACUCACUGCCACAAUGACAUUGUCAACCUUCUCCUGGACUGUGGGGCCGACGUGAACAGGUGUUCAGAUGAGGGUCUCACGGCACUCAGCAUGUGUUUCCUCAUCUACUACCCUGCCCAGUCCUUCAAGCCCAAUGUUGCUGAACGGACCAUGCCCGAGCCCCAGGAACCUCCAAAAUUCCCAGUUGUUCCAAUCCUUUCAUCAUCAUUCAUGGACACAAACCUGGAGUCUCUGUACAGUGAGGUGAACGUGCCUUUCCAGGGUAGCUGUGAGCUGAGGCCACCGCCAACACCACCGCCACUGCCACACAUCUUGGGCAGCCAGGAGGGCGGCCACUCUCAGGACACUGGACAGCCUGGGGAGUCCGUGGACCACAGGAGCAGCUCUCUGAAGGGGGACUCCCCGUUGGUGAAGGGCAGCCUUGGCCAUGUGGAAAGUGGGCUCGAGGACAUACUGGGAAACACAGACCGGGGCACUCUGUGCAGCACUGAGACGAACUUUGAGUCCAACGUGUGUGUGUGCAACUUCUCCAUCGAGCUCUCACAGGCCAUGCUGGAGAGGAGCGCCCAGUCCCACAGCUUGCUGAAGAUGGCCUCGCCCUCACUCUGCACCAGCAGCUUCGACAAAGGGACCAUGCGGAGGAUGGCGCUGACAAUGAUCGAGCAGAGGAAGCGCUGGCAGACCAUUAAGCUGCUGCUGCGCCGAGGCGCGGAUCCCAACUUGUGCCGCGUGCCCAUGCAGGUCCUGUUCCUCGCGGUGAAGGCCGGGGACGUGGAUGGGGUGAGGCUGCUGCUGGAGCACGGGGCGAGGACCGACAUCUGCUUUCCCCCGCAGCUGGGCACCCUGACACCACUCCACAUCGCUGCUGCCCUUCCUGGGGAGGAGGGGGUACAGAUCGUGGAGCUGCUGCUGCAUGCCAUCACCGACGUGGACGCCGAGGCAUCUGACAAGGACGGCACUUACAAGUCCGGCAAGCUGGAUCUGCUGCCCUCGAGUCUGAAGCUCAGCAACGAGCCAGGCCCUCCCCAAGCCUACUACAGCAUGGACACGCCCCUCCCCGAGGAGGGGGGCAGGACGGCUCUGCACGUGGCCUGCGAGCGGGAGGACGACGACAAGUGUGCCAGGGACGUAGUCCAGCUCCUUCUAUCCCACAGAGCAAAUCCUAACCUGCUAUGGAGUGGCCACUCCCCGCUCUCCCUGUCCAUUGCCAGUGGGAAUGACCUGGUUGUGAAGGAGCUCCUGACCCACGGAGCGGACCCCAACCUGCCCCUGACCAAAGGCUUGGGCAGCGCCCUGUGUAUUGCCUGUGACCUGACCUAUGAGCACCAGAGGAGCGUGGACGAAAGGCUGGCCCUGAUUGACCAACUCAUCGAUCACGGGGCCGACAUCCUGAAGCCCGUGACGCUCAGACAGGGGGAAAAGGUGGCGGUGGGCACAGCUGUGGACUAUGGCUAUUUCAGAUUCUUCCAGGACCGGAAGAUUGCCCACUGCCCCUUCCACACGCUGCUGCCGGCGGAGCGCGAGACGUUCCUGGCACGGAAGCGGGUCCUGGAGUACAUGGGCUUGCAGCUACGGCGGGCUGUCUGUGCCAGGGAGAGCCAGUGGGACCCCACGUGGCUGUACCUGUGCAAGAGAGUGGAGCUGAUCCCCAGCCACAGGAUGAAGAAGAAGGGCCCCAGCCUGCCCAAGGGCCUGGAUGUGAAGGAGCAGGGGCAAAUUCCCUUCUUCAAGUUCUGCUACCAGUGUGGCCGCUCCAUCGGGGUCCGCCUCUUGCCCUGCCCUCGCUGCUACGGGAUCCUGACCUGCAGCAAGUACUGCAAGACCAAGGCCUGGAACGAGUUCCACAAGAAGGACUGCGGGGACCUGGUGGCCAUCGUGACACAACUGGAGGAAGUUUCCAGGAGGAGAGAAGAAUCUCAGUGAAGCAGCAGCUGCACGUCCGAGGCUUGGGGAGGACCCAGGACUGUGUGGGUUUCUUACCUGCCUGAGGCACCUCGGGGAAUCUUCCAGCCUACUGCACGCAUUUCUGCAGCUUUGGGGCCAUGCUUUGUAGCCGUGUCUCCCUUGCGACCUCACAAUAAAUUGGCUCCACAGGGUGUUUUUGACAGUC